AUGAACUACAAAGAGGCGCAAGAAGCAGAGCUAGAGGUACUGCAGGCCAUCUACGGUGAUGACUAUACAGCCGGGCCCAGCGAGAAGGCAGGAAAGACAGCAUGGAAAGCCGUCAAUAACUUGCUCGAGUUCAGGCUCAGGAUCCGGCCUCUCGAGGUCUCCCUGCAGGGCAAAGUCGGCGUGACACUUGUCAUCACUCUUCCCAAGACCUACCCUCGCAUUGCAGUACCUCUCGUCCAGCUCCAAGACUGCGCUGGCCUGUCCCAAGGCCAGAUACAAUCGCUAAAUGAUGCACUCUCUGCAGCAACGAAGCGCUUGGCAGGUCAAGAGAUGCUCUCUGAACUGGCCGACCUGGCUGCCGGCAUCAUCACAGAGCAUCAUAGCAUCGUACAGUCGGACACACAAGCCAGUCUGAGCGACGAGAUGGCCCUGCGAGCCGAACGCGAGCAAACUGAAUUCCAGCUACAACAGGCUGCCCUUGCCGAGCAGCAUGCCCGCAUAGAGACAGAGGAGAAGGCACGCCUAUCUGAGCAGAUUGAGUCGGACAAGCAGCGCAAGCGUGACGCCGUCAAACUUGAGCGCGAGAUUCGAGCGAAAGAACGCGCAACUUUGGCGGAUGAUGCGGAUGAGCACGAGAUGGAGCUUGCUCGCAGACGGAUACCGCUCGAGCGUUUCCCUCACAGCCUCUACCUCGACGAAGGCACUGUCGACCACGCUAUCGUAAUGCGAGGUGCCCGGAUCGAAUGCCAGCUUCCCUAUGGCGAAUGUUGUCGCGCGCAAUGUCUCUUCGGCGAGGGUCAAUUGCAAGCGAUCCGAGUUCAUGAAUUCCAGAUUUCCAAUCCUUUUCUUGCCAGCUAUCAAGGCCGCCGCAAGCUGAUCAAGCUUGUUGACGCCAUCAAUCAGGUUGCAAAAGUGAAGAGCGCACUGAUCUCUUCCACCUUUGGCGCCGCUUUGCUUCAAGGACGCGGUGCAUUAGAAGCCCAGGCCGCGCCUCAGCGUCUGCUCAUCAUCACCUCUGACGAGCAGAUACCAAAUCUGCGGCAGGUCCUCUCUGCCGGCUCAUUUCCACCACAGCGCGCUCUUGAAGUCGCUGUCUUGCUCACGCAGAGUCUCCUUGGCCUUCACGAAGCUGGCGUGCCUCAUUGUGCCGUCAAUCUGGAUAAUGUGUUGCUCAUGCCGGCUCAGCAGCUGUCACUCAAACUCUACGGAGCAACGUGGCUGGCAGAAGUCGACGAUCUGAAUGCGGCCAAUCCGUUCAGUAGGGCGUCAUCGCACGCAAAGUCUGUCGCAAGAUAUCCUCUGCCAUGGUGCAGUCCUGCAGCGAUACACGAGCCGUGGCAUUACGAUCGCCCGCGGGAUAUGUGGGAUCUUGCAAUCGUCUUUUCGCAACUGUUCUUCGGCUCAGAAGUAAUGGACGUGUUCGGGUCACCCACUGAGCUCCUUCGGCGACCACCAGCGCAGCUCGGCGACGAUCUGCAUGGUCUUCUCGCUGCGCUGUUUCGGCCUGAAAGUCGCCAGAGGCCGACAGUUCAGCAAAGUCUCAAAGUGCUGCAGGCUGUCGCGAUGAGCCCAUCAAAGAUCUCUACCGUAGUCUAUGCGCCAUUGCAGCAACCUCUGAGUACGCCAUCCAUGCGCUCGCCACUCAAGUCGCCGCGCAAGGCGACCGAUGAGGACACUGGCUUCUUCGGCAGUCUAACCGUGCCUCAGGCAAUUUCCUCCUCGCGCUACCAAGCAGAUUUCGUCGAAGUCGAAUUUCUCGGACGGGGUGGAUUCGGUCAAGUUUGCAAAGCGCGCAACAAGAUCGAUGGCCGAUUCUACGCGAUCAAGAAGAUCAAGCUGCAAUCGCGCGAUGCUACCGCCGAGCAGAAAAUUCUCAGGGAAGUCACAAUCUGGUCUCGCGUCUCUCACGAGAACUUGGUACGAUUCCACACAUCUUGGAUCGAGAGCGAGACAGCAGCGUCUGGCGAAGCCGAUAGCGAGCUUGGCUCUUCGCUUCAAUCCGACUCGAAUAGUCGCGUGCAUACCAACGGCACUUCAGCCUCGCCCUCGGACGACAGUGAUGAUGAACACAGCGAUCUCGACUCCGAUGGCGAUUUGGUCGAUGAUGAUUUUGAGUUCUCUAUGGCGAAUGACCUCAACGAGUAUGCUGCUGAUGCCAACGAACGCGAUGCUUCUUCGUACCCCUUCGUUCGUUUUGGGCCAGAGCGCAGCGGCGCACCUUCCUCGAACGUUACUGCAUCUGCGACGCCUACGUCCCUCAGAGCGAGCGCAAGUAUACAAGAUCUAUCGAAUGGCGCUUCAUCGCCAACCAUCAAGCGAACGCUGUAUAUUCAAAUGGAGUUGAUCGAGGGCGCUACUCUAAGAGAGGUGAUAGACUCACAAGGCAUCACCGUCUCUGAAAGCUGGCGCUUGCUGCGUCAGAUGCUCAGUGCCAUGGAGCACUUCACCGCCAUGAACAUUAUUCAUCGUGAUCUCAAGCCGAGCAAUAUUUUCCUUACUCAGCGAGGUGAUAUCAAGAUUGGCGAUCUUGGGCUCGCGGUCGAGCAAGAUGCCACAGAGCUGCUGCCCGAUGCUGCACAUGAGCCACAGAGUCUAAACGCGGAGAUUGACCUGACUUCUGCAGUUGGCACGUCACUGUACAUUGCGCCUGAGAUGAUGGCGAAAACGUCGGCCGCCCGGCCUAAUGGACCCCGAUAUAACAACCGCGUCGACAUGUAUGCCCUUGGCAUAGUCAUGUUUGAGAUCUGGUAUCCAAUGAAGACCGGCAUGGAAAGGAUACAUAUCAUAAAACAUCUACGCACACCAGAGGUCGUCUUCCCGGAUGACUGGCCUGCAUAUGGUGAUGCACGACAGACGCGCAUAAUCCAAUGGCUACUUUCGCAUGAUCCUGCAGCACGAGCCUCGCCUGCUGACCUCCUAAAAAGCGAUCUCUUGCCGUCCGCUAUAGUCGAUGAGACUCUUCAGGAGAUCCUGCGGAUACUCUCACAAAGUGGCUCUUCCAAUCGACAAUCGGUGUUGAAUGCAGUCUUCCAGCAGCCGGUGCAAGAUCGCAAGCGUGCCGACUAUAGCUUCGAUGCCGCGCCCGAUAGAUUCAGAGCGUUUGACUCGCUCGUAAGUGCAACUUUGCGUUCAAUCUACGAGCGAAGAGGCGCCAUCGAGUAUCCGAUUGAUCAGAUUCUGCCUGCGCACGAAAGCUACGACAAGGAACACGCGCGACUUGUCCGCUUGAUCGACGAAGACGGUCUUGUCACAUCAAUGCCUUUCGACCUCGUGCUGCCUUUCUGCCGUAAAGUCGCUCGGGAUCCUGGGUUUGCACGCUUCAAAUCCUGGACCAUUGCUCCAAUCUAUCGGCGUAAUCCUGCAGGAGGUUCGCCCUUAAGUGCACUCGCCAGCUCCUUCUUUAUCGUUUCGGAGCAGCGAACAGUUGCAUCGGAAGCCGAGCUGAUUCAAGCAAUCGAUGCAAUCCUUGACGUGUUUCCGAUGCAAGAGGGCUACGAGCACCUCGUCAAUCACACUGACAUCCUCGAUAUCAUCUUAAGACCGUUUGCACUUUCGCGUCGUUCCGUCGUUCGUUCUGCUCUCGAAGCGUUCCGUCGUACUACCCGGAGCUGGGCCAAAUUCAGCAAAGAAGCAACCGAGGUGCAUGGCCUCGAGAAUAAGGAAAUCGACACUCUCGCGCUCCUCGACUUCGCAAGCGAACCAGUCAACGCUGCGGAGAGAAUCCUUGCGGCAUGCCCAAGCGAUCGCGCAGAGGUGGAGAAAGCUUGCGAAGAAUUGCAGGCGAUGGCUCGCAUGGCUAGCGUGCUCGGUUUGCAUCGUCCGAUCUUCGUUGCACCCUUGCUCUCGCUCAACGAACGGUUUGUCGGACCCGGCAUAUUCUUUCAGACAUGUCUCCCAAAUCGCAAGGCAACAUUGGCGUCAGGUGGACGGUAUGACAAGAUCACAAGCGAGCUCGCCGCGCCGGACAAGUCCCAUAUUCUGCCGCAUGUCGUCGGCGCCCAGAUCGCGGUUGCCAGAUUGAAAGAAGCCAUAGCGCGUGAUCAAGAGCUUUCGACACAAACUGCAUCUGAUCGGGGCGCUUGGUCGCGUCGUCGAGUAGAUGUUUAUGUGGUCUCGUUCGCUGAUGGACUCCUCGAAACCCGUCUCAGUCUAGUUAAGGAGCUGUGGGCUCGUGGCAUACGAGCGGAUCUGAUGUACGACCACGACUGGCAAGAGAUCGACGUAGAGACGGUCGCAGCAACAUGCCGACAGGAAGGCGUGCUUUAUAUGGUGAUCGCCAAGCAGCGUAGUGGGUCUAAGGAUCAGAUCUUGAAAGUGCGCGACAUGCGAGGGGGCGAAGAGGAAGUCAUUCGCGCUGACUUGGCAGAAUAUAUCGAAAGCAAGAUCGCGGCAGAAUCCAGAACAGAUCCAGCGCGAAGGGAUGCAUCGACGAUAUCUACGGCAUCGACACAGACAGACAAGCUGCUACCCAGCGCGAGCAACUUUCAUCUUUUGUUGCCUGCUGAUCUCGAAUCAAGCGGGCGGGAUGCCAAUCGACGACGCACGAAGCAAAAGUCCCUCGUCUUCGAGAAGGCGCAAGCAAACAUCAUGCAACUCGUUUGCACGACAGAUGCGCUGUCUGUAUUUGCCAUCGAUGUCGAUGGUCAAGCGUUUCGUACCAUGUCUGAGCAGACAAGCUGGGUGGUGGAAGACGAUGCGCAGGCAAUCAAGACGAUUUGCGACCUCGUUCCGCCGAACCGCAAAGCGUACAUACUGUCUGUCCGAGACCGUCUGAAGCGCUUCAGAGCGGACAAUCCGAACUCUCUGUUUGUAUGGCUAUACUCGAUCAGGGAGUACAGAGCGGCUUUGUUGUGUCUGUCAUCAUAUUAA